AUGCUCAGCCCAAGCGUCAGGCCCUCCCCUGGCUUGGCCUGGUGGGCUGAGAGCUACGAGGCGAAGUGGCAACGCCGACAGGAGAGCCGGGAGAGCCGCUGCUGCCGCCCGAACAAGACCACUUGCCACCAGGUGGGGAAGGCAAUGAGGACCCGGCAGAGAGAGCAGUACAAGCAGGCUCGGCAGAGGCAGUUCUUCAGGAGAAGGAACCUGGAAGUGGAGGAGAAAGGCAAGACGCGGGGUUCCCAGGCUCGAGAGCAGCAUCCCUGCAGGAGACCAGGACAGACAAGUGACCUCAGUGCCUCCUCAUCCAGUGCCAGCAGGAGUUCGUCCCCCAGACACCAGGUAGCAGGGACCAGCUCUGAGGACAUUCCAACCCAGCAGCAUCCUCCUUCAGAUGACCAGAGGGAUGUAGCUGACCACCUCUUCUUACAGACUCGGGAUCUUCCACCUCACAGCUCUCCCAUGAAGAAGCCGCCCAAACACCACCAAGGCACUCAGACCAAGACAGAAGAAGCACAGCUAACAAUCAAGAAUGACGCCAGUCAGCAAACCAAUUAUGGAGUUGCAGUUCUGGAUAAGGAAAUCAUCCAGCUUUCUGAGUACCUCAAAGAGGCCCUACAACGAGAACUAAUCUUAAAACAGAAAAUGGUGAUUCUCCAAGACCUACUGUCCCACCUAAUUCAGGCCUCUGACAGCUCCUGGAAGGGGCAGCUCAAUGAAGACAAGUUGAAGGGCAAACUGAGGUCCUUAGAAAACCAGCUGUAUACCUAUACUCAGAAAUACCCCCCCUGGGGGAUGAAAAAGGCGCUGUUGGAGAUGGAAGACCAGAAAGACAGCUAUGAGCAGAAGGCCAAGGAGUCGCUGCAGAAAGUGCUGGAGGAGAAAAUGAGUACCGAACAGCAGCUGCAGAGCACGCAGCGGUCCCUGGCCCUGGCAGAGCAGAAGUGUGAAGAGUGGAGGACCCAGUACAACCAUCUGCAGGAGGACUGGAGGAUCCUGGGGGCCCAGCAUAGAGAGCUGGAGAGUCAGCUCCACGUACUUCAGUCCAAACUGCAGGGAGCAGACAGCAGAGACAUCCAGAUGAAUCAGGCCCUGCGACUUCUGGAGAAUGAGCACCAGGAGCUGCAGGCCAAGAUCGAAUGUCUGCAGGGGGACAGAGAGCUGUGCGGCCCGGAUACCCAGGACCUACAAGAUCAACUAAAGAGGUCAGAGGAAGAGAAACGCACCCUGGUGACCAGAGUACAGGAGAUGCAAAGUCUGCUCCAGAAUCAGUCCUUGCAGCUUCAGGAACAGGAGAAACUCUUAACAAAGCAAGAUCAACCUUUUGCUGUGUGGAGUCCACAGCCCUCCCAUAACGACAUGGAGCCUGAAGGUGCAGGGGAGAAAGACUGGGAUCUCAGAGACCAGCUGCAAAAGACGACUUUGCAGCUCCAGACCAAGGACAAGGAGUGCAGAGAGCUCCAUGCAGAGCUGGACACCCUCAGUGACGAGUACCUCUCCUGCCUGCGGAAGCUGCAGCACUGUCGAGAGGAGCUGAACCGGGCUCAGCAGCAGCCUCCCAGAAGGCAAUGUGGCCGGUGGCUCCCGAUCCUGAUGGUGGUGAUUGCUACAGUGCUGGCAGUGUUAUUGGCCAACAAGGAGAGGGUGAUGAUCUAAAUAGCUUGUGACAGCUGCCCUAGGUAAAAAGCAGAAGCACAGACUCAAUGGGACACUCAGGAAGUCUGGAUGAUUUUACAGAUUAUUUCUCCCAUCAAUUGGAAAGGCAACUUUUGGGGGCUUUAUUAUUAUUUUUUAACAUACUGUGAAAUAAACAUCAACU